UCCAAGAAAUGCUCCAAUUGACAAGGCUGAGAGAAACAGAACUAAAGCAAAAAGGAGAAGAAUAGAGGCUCUUCCGUGUGGUCGUUGCUGCAAGAUAACACUACAAUUCAACUAAUUUUAACCCUCACAAAUCUUAAUCAAAGCCAUUGCACCACCUUGCACCCUACUCCAAAUUCUUUUUUUGCCAUUUGAAAUGUAUUCCAUCUCAUGCUGUGUAUCUACCGCAACCCCAUUAUAUAACAGGCCCUCCUCCGUAUUCAAAAUGAUGCCUUUCACUCCCAGAAACAAAUUGCUACAAUCAACAAGUAAUCCAACCCAAAAUAACAACAACAUGAUGGGAAAAUGUAGCAAGUCCCUUAUGGCGUUCCCAAUCCUCCUACACACCCUAUGCUUCCUUUUGUUCCCACAACCACUACUUUCUCAGGAGAAUUUUGUUCGUCAACCAGCUGGCCAACUCAUCAUCACUCCCCACCAUGGCUCCCAUUCAGACCCCCAACAGGUGCACAUUUCAUUGGUGGGGAAAGAGAAGAUGAGGGUGUCGUGGAUAACCGAAGACAAGCACACAGAAUCUGUGGUGGAGUACGGAACAAAGGCAGGGGAAUAUAGAGAAAAAGCAACGGGGUUGCAUACCUCGUACCAAUAUUUUUUGUAUAACUCCGGCAAGAUACACAACGUUGUAAUUGGGCCUUUGCAGCCAGGCACGACUUACUUCUACAGGUGCGGAGGGUCGGGCCCUGACUUUUCCUUCAAGACACCUCCACCCAAGUUUCCCAUUGAAUUCGUCAUCGUUGGGGACUUGGGACAAACAGAAUGGACUGCAUCAACCUUAAAACACGUUGACAGCAACGACUAUGACGUGUUCUUGUUACCAGGAGACCUAUCUUAUGCAGAUUCCCAACAACCUUUGUGGGACUCUUUUGGUCGUUUGGUGGAGCCAUAUGCUAGUAAAAGGCCAUGGAUGGUUACAGAAGGCAACCACGAGAUUGAGAGUUUCCCCAUUAUCUACCCACAAGGCUUCCAAGCCUACAAUGCUCGCUGGCCCAUGCCCUUCCAACAAAGUGGCUCCACCUCAAACCUCUAUUACUCCUUCGAGGUUACUGCCACCCACUUCAUCAUGCUAGGUUCCUACACUGAUUUUGACGCUCAAUCACAACAAUACACGUGGCUUCAAUCUGACCUCGCCAACAUUGAUAGGGCCAAGACACCUUGGGUGAUUGUGUUGUUGCAUGCACCUUGGUAUAACACUAAUGAGGCACACCAAGGUGAAGGUGAAUCCAUGAGACAAGCCAUGGAGGAGUUGCUUUAUGAGGCACGCGUUGACUUGGUUUUUGCUGGCCAUGUUCAUGCUUAUGAGCGCUUCACUCGAAUUUACGAUAAUAAGGCUGAUUCAUGUGGACCAAUGUACGUGACAAUUGGGGACGGAGGAAAUCGGGAAGGCCUUGCGUUAAUGUUUAAGAACCCUCCGAGCCCGCUCUCAUUGUAUCGAGAGCCAAGCUUUGGACAUGGAAGGUUGCGAAUACUAAAUGAAACACAUGCACAUUGGUCAUGGCACCGAAACAAUGAUGCUGAUGCGUUUGUAGCUGAUGGUGUUUGGAUAGAGAGUUUAAGCAGCUCGAAAGCAUGCUCGAAGACACCAGACCAACAAGAUGCUGCUAACGAAGAGCUAUAAAAUUCUUAUUGGAGAGGUACGUAAUUAUCCUAUCAAGAAAGAGAAGAUCAUUAAUUACUUGCAAGUAUCUUCAGUUAGGAUGAGGAAUGAAACACAUUAUAACAUGUGUUAGCAUCUCACUCGGCCUCUUUGAUAUGAUAUCAGAGUUCAAAAGAAUUUUACUAUCUUUAAAUUCAAUGCACUUCAGUUCUUGAUUCGAAUCUUUGUCAAAUUAGGCCCAUGAUUUUACACAACUCCUCUGUAACCAAAUAAGAAUCCAGAUUGAAAAUAAUGUGUUCUCGAUUAACUGCAUGUUACUGUAAAAAAUAGCAGGGGACCCUUUACCAAUUUGAUGUGAAUAUAUGAACAUGCUUCCAUUUGUUGUUAGAUUAAAA